AUGGCGGAGGAAGGCGAGCAGCACGAGUUUAUAAGGCAUGAACACCCGAGUGGCCAAUUUCAACCCAUCUCCGCAAUUCACCAGAUCCGAUCAGUCAGCGUUCCUCCGUACCUCUGUCAACAGCUCCAGCGACAACACCUUCGUCCGACGACCACUACCAUGGCACGUAACACCAUCCCAGAAGGCGCCGAGCGGACUCCCAUCCACCUCGGCGAACACCUCCUGACCCCCGGGUACGGAGCCGAGAUUCAGCUCAAAAUCCCGGCGACGAUCGAGGGUCCGAAAUCCAGUCACACGUCUAGGGGACGUUUGUGGCUGACCGACGAGCGAUCCACAAUCCGAGACAACGCCUUCAACGUCCCCAUGUUCUCCGCCAACAACAUCCUCAUCUCUUUCGUCCCCGAUGUGACGCAUCGCUGUCCCAACCUUCCCGAUCCGGGUAUCGGACAAUACCUCACGUGCAAGAUGCUCAUCGACAACGGUUUCGGUCACAACCUUUGGAAACGAAUCGAAAAGGAGCGGGCCGCCUGGGUAGAACGUAACCGGGCCGCUGAGGCAUUGCCAGGAGAGCGAAGCGGUGAAGCGUGUAUUGUGCAUUCCGGUUACCGUACCCGAUUUCGCACUGUACACAGUUAUGUUGUACAUGCAAUUUGCAUCGAAUACAGAACACCCGCAUACCACCCCUUCCAGCCGUCCCUGCUCUCAUCCCGAGCGACGUGCGUGCCACCACGUCCCGUCUUUGCCCUUCACCACACGGAUGAACUUGGCAACAAGCUUGUCGCGCGCCUUGCUGUCGCCGGCAGGGUACAAACCUUGCAGGUACGGGAUCAUGUCGUCCGGGCGCCACCGCUGUCGGGUCAGGAAGAGGUCGGAGAAGCGCGUCGCGGUGUGCAGCGGCAAAGCGUGCACGGGGAAGUACGUGACAAGCUUGGCGGGCGUGUGGAAGGCCGAUGGCGGCGGGUCGUUCAGCAGAUAGUCACCGACGAGGAGCUUCAAGUCGACGAGAGUCACGAGCAGACCUCUUCCGAGCUCACGCACGAGGCCAGUCGAGUCGUAUGUCCACUUGUCCUCCUCAAGGGCGCCGAAGAGUCGCAUAACGCCCCGUGUCAGGUCGGCGGGGACGCCGUGGUCGUCGUAGAGCGCCUCGCAGAUCUCCUUGACCGGACAUUCCUUCUCUUUCCGAUGAACAGUGAUGAGCGCGAGUACAAGACUGAGCAGUGGACCGAGCUUCUCCGGCGGGAGAAGCAUCAUGUGCCCGUCGACCUCGACGACGUUGUGCGAACGCAGACCAUGCUCGAGCUCAUCGUCGCACGCCUGGAUGAUGGACUCGAGCUGCGCGCGAGUGUACCGCUUGCAGCGCUUGCGCUUGCACUCAUUUGCGUCGAGCCCGGUCCACGCCGACUCGCGGAGCACUGUCCUAAUUCUCUCUACCCGCCCCGCACUCGGCACACACUCAAGUACCUCGUGGCAGGUGUCACGGAGGUGCAGUGUCGUGUCGUCCGGCGGGCGAAGGACGAGCAACGAGUUGGAGACCGAUACUGUGCGGAGAGUGUAUGUUUUGUUCGAGGUGCAGAGCACCGCGUCGUCGGACGGCCGGCCCUUGAUCGUCAACCUGGAGUCAGCGACCUCCAGCAGCUGGUAGCUUUCCUCCGCCGCUUCUGGGGGAAAGCGAACAGUAAGCCGGUCGGUCGGCAGGACAGAGGGUGCGGGCAUGGUACUUGUGUGUAUGCUGACCGAGGCAAUGUUGACUUUUGGUGGCUUUGGCGCGGGCGUAUGGGGCUACGCGACGCGUCUGGCUUCAUUGAUUCGCGGAGUGGCGUGAAAAGUCCGCACCACGUGCGACCUCUUCAACCUCGAUUUCCUGGCUAUCAGCCAGGAGCGAGGAAGGUGACUACUUUCAUCACUGACUCCUUCAUUGUGAACAACACCGACGCGGCGAGCGAUGGCAAGCGGGCGAGAAGAUUAAUGAGAGCGAUAAGUCAUUUGAGGCCCAUCCGGCCCCUUGCGUCGCUAACGAAAACAAGACCUUCCCUCCGACCUGUCAGCUCUACAGCCGCCGUAGACCAUGUGCCGGAAUCCGAAUUUGAGGCAAGCGAGAGACAGCAGAGGAAGGAACUGAAGGAGACGAGGAGGGCGCAGCGGGAAGAGCAGCUCGCCAUUGCCCCGGCUGCCAGCCAGGAGCAACCCUUCCUCCGACUGUUCGCCCUUCCCCGCGGCUUGCCGGGGUCGACGUAUCUGGACGCCGUGCACGAGAGUGCGUUCGACCACGCCGCACCGAGCGAAUGGCUGAAGGCUAUUGAUGUCAUCCUUUCAGGACCUUGCAACGCCCCGGUACUGGAGCGCGUGCUGCGCAUCCUGUCGAGCCUUCCCCCUGGCAGCGCAGCGCAGACGGGACGGACACUGCCAACGACAUUGCGCUUCGUGCAGGCAGCAGGACGUUCAGGUGCUCUAAUUUUUGUCGACGCGGGUGUAUCGCUUGCUCUUCAGCUGCUCGAGCACUUAGGCGUUUCCCUCCUCGCCGAAGGGCGCGACACCCGCAUCACCGCGCAGAGAGUGAUCUACCAGCACGACAAGCUUGUGCGCUCCGUCGCGGGAUCCGAUUCGGCAGCGAGUGCCGCGCGCUUACCGGCAACACUGCAGGCAAGCAUUGCGCGCGUAGUGCGGCAUCUCAUCUCCCAGCUAGGCGACCUGCCUAGCAGCUCGAGCGAGGCACCCACCAUCGCUCUCCGCCCCGCGUCGCUUGAUUGGCUCCUCUCCCCGGCGUACUGCACACCUGAGACGCUCGACAUGAUCAUGACGCAUCUCGGCGCGGUAGAGCUCACGGACAAGCAGUGGGCAAAUGUUGCGGCAUCGUGCUUCGCGGCCGCUGAACCGGUCGCAGGCUUGAAGGCACUCGCGAAGACGAAGGCGGCAGGGCAGGAGCUCGCACCAUGGGAGCGACUGGGCAGUGCCCUGAAGGAGAAGACGUUCCGUGCUGCUGCGGAGAUCCUUGAACCGCUGCUGAGAAGUAUGGCGAAGGAGGACCGCGACAAACUCGGAAGACAUGCGUGGAGCGUCCUGGCGACCAUCGCUGCCAGAGAUAAGCACGUCUCUACCAAGGACCUGGUGAUGCUCGCCGAGUCGAUUCCGGGCGACGUUUAUUGCGCGGGUGUCAUCACGCCGCUUCUGGGUGGUCUGAUGCGCCACCACGACUUCACGGCCGCGGGAAAGGUUUGGGAGACGCUGCUUGCUAAGCACAGAAAGGCGCCGCCGGAGGACAGGGCGCGCUAUCUUGACGCAGCAGCGCUGACGGCGGGUGCUAAGCUGAAGUACGCGCGAGUUGUGAACGCGAAGGCAGGCAGCGCCAAGGUCUACGAUCCUACGCCGGAUGCGCUGCGAUUAGUAGACUGGUAUGCCGCGAAGCCGCCUCUGCCUAUCUCCCCCGACACCCCGACGACCUCGGUCAAAUCGACUGCAUCGAACGUCCCUGGCAGUGUCCCGCUCGACGUCUCGGCGCUGAACAACCUGAUGUCGAUGUGUCGCGCUUCCGGAUCAGCAGGACUCGCCUUUCGGCUCUGGCAGGCAGCGAAGCCGCGAUGGGGCUUAGCGGCAGACGACGGAACGCUCGCCCUGCUGCUUGAUACAGCGCGCCUGAGCUUUGCGCGAUUUGAGGCAGCGGAUUCAGUCGCGGUACGUCUGCGCCUGAUUGCGGACGCGAUCGGCUCCCAGCGCUCGCGCUCCAACCCAAUGAGCCUCCCGGAAAGCCACUGGCGCGAGUGCAACGUUGCGGAUAUCGCGAACGGCUAUGGCUACAGUUGGAGGGAAGAGUAUGGCUCGCUGCAGCCGUGGCAGCUGGCGCGGGACGUGUUCGCCGGCAUUGUGCUUGGCAACUGGCCCUCUCUCGCCAGCGUCAAGUCACCUCUGGCCGGUGGUGCUUUGAGUGUCGGACGUCUGUGGGGCUCGUCUGAGGUGAAGCUCCCCACGCUCGUUCCAGCCUCGUCGGAGACGGCACACGUCCUCCCCGGUCCUCGCGCUUUCCAGGCGUACAUCGCGCUUCUAGCUCGCACACGCGCGGUGCCGGCCAGUGUUCCCCGAGCCCUGGCGUGGAUGCGGGCUCUUGGAGUGCGACCACUGCGAAAGACGCUGAUGACGGCACUGCUCUUCGUGAACGAGCACGAGGGCCCUCGCCGUCUCGUGAAGAAGGACGGCCCGCGGCUCAUGCGUGACGAGCAGAUCCUGGCCGAGUGGCUGAGAGAAUGGUGCGACGAUGUGCCGGAUGAAGCCGAGGUCGCUGCGUUCCGGAAGGAGCGGGAGGUGAGGCAGGCGCAGAGGGGAAGAUGA